UUUUACAUAUUUAAACAAUUUUUAUUAAUUUUUGUAUUACUGUUUCAAUAGGAAAGUCUGCACAUGUCUGUUCUGAUUGGUUCAACAUGCUCUAACUUAUAGAAUCGCAUAUGCGCAUUUAUGAUGUGAUACCGAAUGUAUAUAACCAGCGAUAUAAUGUUUAUUUGAACGGGGUAUAAAUCUAUUGUUGAACUACUAAUGAAGUAUAAAAUAGACCUAUCAUCCUAUAGGAUGAUUCAUAUUUCAUGUACUGAAAUACCGAUCGUACAAAAUAUCAAAAUGUUCGUUGCGCCUCCUACGAUAUAGAGCGGUGGAUUUAGGAAUGACAAUAUAUGCUCAUGUCAUCAACGCGCAAUGAAUAAAAUAAUGAAUUAAUAUUACGCUUAUCAAUCUGUAAACAAUGUGUGCAUUAAGAACAAUAUGAGUGGUGUUAAAAAAAAAGUCAAUCAUUUGGCAGUAUUUAAGCAACGAACAAAAACUGACGACAAUGCUGAACUGUCUGAGGUUAUUAUUAUAUCCGCAAGAAAAACUGGAAAUUUAAAUCUCUCAUCGAGAGGCUUGUCUACGGUACCUAAUAAAGUAUGGAGUAUAAAUGAAUUGACCGAUGAAGAGGUAAAGGAGUUACAUUAUGAACUUGAUUAUGUACAUGAAAAUGAACGAUGGUGGGAGCAAGAAUUACUCAAGACAUUGGACUUGAGCUUUAACAGCUUAGUUGUAAUUGAUUCUAAAAUAGAAUGUUUAUCAGAGUUGACCACAUUGCUUUUACAUGACAACUUGUUAGAAAAUCUACCUCCUGAAAUUGGUAAUUUAAAGAAAUUGGAAGUGUUAAAUUUAUCAAAUAACAAGCUGAAACAAUUACCACAUCAAUUUUACCAACUGAAUGAAUUACGUGAAUUAUGCUUGAAAAAUAAUAAGUUAAAUAAACUGAGUCCAGCAAUUGGAGACUUAAUUAUGUUGACUCAUUUGGAUCUAUCCAACAACAAUUUAUCUGAAUUACCAAUAGGUAUGGGAUAUUUAGUGAGAUUGAAAUCUUUGGAUUUAAGUCAUAAUCUGUUAACAGAAUUACCACCAGAUUUAACAAAUAUAAGAGCGUUACAAAAGUUAGAUGCAAGUUGUAAUCAGUUGGAAGUGUUGCCACCUAUGGGUGAUUUGAGGAAGGUAGAAACAGUGAUGUUGCAAACAAACAAAUUAACAACAUUCCCUGAUAUGUCUGGUUGUACAUUAUUAAGAAUACUUCACUUGGCUGAUAAUAAUAUUACUGAAAUUGAUAUGUCUUGUUUGGAAGGUGUGGGACAGUUAAAAGUUUUGACAUUAGGCAAUAACAAAAUUGAAACAAUACCAGAGGAUAUAAUAAAAAUGGUAUAUUUAGAAAUUUUUGAUCUGUCACACAAUAAAUUAACUAUGAUACCGAGUUAUGUUGGUAUAAUGCCCAAUUUGAAACAAUUUGUAAUUAAUGGAAAUGAUGUACAGAAUAUAAGAGCUGAUAUAAUAAGGUGUGGUACACCUAGAAUUCUAAAACACAUACGACAAAGUAUCGAAAGUACAAACUUAAAUACAAAAGAAUGUGUGAUAUCAGAUGCCAAUCAAAGUAUUUAUCCAGAUAAAUAUACAAUGCAAAGUACAAAAUUGCUUAGUUUGGCUGGACUAAACCUCACUGAAUUGCCGCAAGAAGUGUUGGAGAAUGCAUGUAAAGCUGAUGUAGGCACAGUGGAUUUAAGUAGAAAUAAACUCUCAGAGUUACCUGAUCAGAUGUGUGUUAUUGCUAAAGUUGCUGAUUUAAAAUUGACAUCUAAUGAAUUAACACAUCUACCAGAAUGGAUUGGUGAAAAAUAUAAACAUUUGCAAGCUUUGGAUUUAAGUAGAAAUUUUCUAGAAUCGCUACCUUCCACGCUUAGCUUACUGAAAUACUUGCGAGAACUUAAUAUUUCAUUUAACAGGUAUAAAAAAAUACCGGAAUCUGUUUACGAUAUUGACUCUUUGGAAAUAUUAAUUGCAAAUGACAACUCAAUCACGGAUAUUGAUGUACCAUCUUUACAAAAAUUACAAAAAUUAGCAAUAUUAAAUCUUGGAAACAAUAACAUUGGAUAUGUACCACCGGAGUUGGGUAACUUGAAGAAUAUAAGGAGUUUAUUCUUAUCUGGCAAUUUAUUUAAGCAACCACGGCAAGCAAUUUUAGCAAAGUCUACAGAAGAAAUUCUUGCAUAUCUUAGAGACAGAAUACCUCGUUCAAAUUGAAGAAUUGUUGAAGUGCAUUUAAAUGUUUAGUCCACUUGGAUAAAUGUUGUACAAGAAGUAACAAAAUAUUUAAGAUGCCAACUAAGAAUUGUUAUUUAAAAAUCACAUUUUAUAAAUAGAUUAUUUAAUGAACCAUAAAUGAAUAUCUUAUAAAUUAUUUUUCCUUGAUACAUUCAUAUAAAGAAAACAGAUAUUUAAGAUGUUUCUAAAAUUUCUUUAUUUUGAAAUUAAUUAAAAUAUUUUGACAUGUGUAACAUACAUUUAAAUAAAUAUGUGCCAUUAAAUGAAUCCUAAACAAAUUUGAUAUGUGCGAUUCAGUAAAUCGGAUCAUAUAAAUAUUUUCAAUUUCGAACAUUAACAUCACAAAAUUGUUAAAAAAAGAAUAAAACAAUUAGUAUUGAUAAUCUUAAACAUCACACAAACAGGCUUUCCACAAAACGAGUACAUUGAUUAUCUAUCCUAUAUUACCCAUAUGUAACAUUGUCAUUUAUAAUUAACAACAGAUACACAUAGUUAUUUUAUCUUAAAAAUUUUGUUCAAUUUUAUAUUCAUAUAAAAAUCUGUAACACGAUAAUGUGUACGGUUUCUCGUCAGCAACUUAAUAAAGGUCACUUGUUAUAAUUUUAUCAGUGAAAAUAAAUCUACAUAAUGAUUCUGAUGUGUUCCUCUAAUUAAAUAAUUUCAUAAGUAGAAUGAUAUAUAUUUAUGUACGUGUAUGUAUGCUUCAUAAACUACUUGCUUCUUUUGUUGCUUACAAUAUACCGUGCAUAUUUUGUAU